UCCCAACAUAUCCACAUUCCAAACACUUGAGCCAGCACGAAAGAGCCCAAACAUGGCCGCUCACUCCCUCUCCAAGCUUCCAGCUUUCGUCUCUGCCUUCAAUCCCAAUCAAACAACCAAACCCGAAUCGUGUUCUCUACCUCUGACCACGACUUUGAAGCCCACAAGUCUACAGAAUCUAUGGCUCGGAACCAACAGUCUCGGAGUCAGAGCCCAACUGCCAAAGCUCCGACCUUUCUCUUCCACAAUCUGCCUCAGCCUCCCGACCGCAAUCAAGGAGAGAGUUUCGUCCAAUGAGGAAGUGCCCAAAUGGUCUAGCAGGGCUAUAAAGUCAUUUGCCAUGGGCGAAUUGGAAGCCAGGAAGCUCAAGUACCCAACCACUGGGACUGAAGCAAUUCUCAUGGGUAUCCUCAUUGAGGGAACCACUUUGGCUUCAAAAUUUUUGCGGGCAAAUGGAGUUACACUGUUCAAGGUGCGUGAAGAAACCAUCAAGUUACUUGGGAAAGCUGAUAUGUACUUUUUCAGUCCUGAGCAUCCUGCAUUGACUGACGAAGCUCAAAGAGUGCUCGACUGGGCUGUUGAUAAGAAAAUAAAAUCUGGUGGUGGUGGCGAAAUUACAACAUCUCAUCUGCUUCUUGGCAUUUGGUAUGAAGUGGAUUCACCGGGUCACAAGAUAAUGGCCUCCCUUGGCUUCAAUGAAGAGAAAGUGAAAGAGCUGGAGUCUUUAAUUUCUGAACCUGGAUUCAUUGAUGGAUGAUAUUUUCCCCUUUUUUUUUUUUUUUGUUCACUGACCUAUGAUGCAAAUUUCUUAACCAAUGCAUGGAUCAAUGAUGUUGGUCGGAGUUUUUUAAUGGCAUUUGUCGUUCCUGAAUGUUAGUUUGAAUCUGAUUCUGAACUGGUCCUAGGUUCAUUCAAUACAAGAAAUGUUUUCUCGUGUUUAAUUCAA